AUGAACCCCCAGUCUAUGACAACAGCGACAACAGCAACACCAGCAGCUCCCAUUCACCGACCUGACAUAAAAGGUCGCAGUGUGAGCGACGAGUCUCACUAUGCCAUCACGCCUACGCGAACUUUGUCUCCCACAACCACACUCUCCCCGUUGUCUACCGAGUCCUUGUCACCUACAGCGAAAGCCCCAUUCUCUUUCCCCUUCCACUUCACAAGGACGCGAUCACGGUCCAAGUCACCGAGACCACCACCUAUAGACGUCAGCAUUCCGUCGCCCGCCACAAUUACCACAACACCGACGAACCUCAAGCACGUCCAGACCUCACCACUCCCUGCCCCGAGCCCUUCUUCUCCCCAAGACCAUGCACGGACGCAGAAGAGACACACCUCUGACAGCGCUAUCUCACCAUCGACCAUGAGCCCCCCGACAUCCCCUGACCUGCAGAAACGCGACCACGGCUGGAUCCAGAAGAAGUCGCGGCACAGCGGGAGCUCGCCUGGUGGGUAUGGACGGCACAGUGACGACUGGCUUUUUGGAGGUAUCAGCCUCACGCAGACGGCCAGGGAGAUUGUCACUCGAGGCAAAGGGAGGGGCAGGAAGGAGGAGGACGAGGACGCCGUCGCAGCCACCGGCACUCGUUGA